UAAACUGCAAAUCUUCAGCGGCUUACGGGCUCCCUUGACCGUUGAGAGUCUCUGAACUUCGGAUUGUGCAUCGCGAGUCUGACCUCUGGGCCAAGGGAUAUUGCCAAACCCUCCAAGCUCAACGUCACGGCAGACAAGCAAGCUUGGCCCACAAAACAAGGCUAUGCAGGCUAGCUCAUCGUGCAGCUAACUCGUCAUGGGCUCUCAAAAGAUCGCCACAGCUAAACGCUUGUAACGACGACUUUGCUUUGGCAACUUUAUCCAUCACUCUCCAGCAGCCAUCAUCAUUACCGACUCGGCCUUGCCCCAGAUUCCUGCGUCCAUUAGAAACAUCGUGUCUUGUGUUUGGCUCGGCCAACUUCCGCACAUUGAGAUUGCUUUUGGUCUUCGGUCCGUUCAGUCUACCAUGCAUCGUGAGAUCGUGGCUUUGGAUCGAAUGCGCCACACUUCACUAUUCCACCCACCCUCGUCCUAAAACCAAUUCAAUUCAAAUCAACCAUUCCUCUUCGCAAAUCGCAGGACCAAACGCCACGCCGCGCAACGAGCCCCCUUCUGAUUCAUCACCCACUAGUUGCUGAGCCUUGCUUCCAUUACGAAUGACCGCUUCAAAUCACCAAAUCCACAUCUCCAGUUCACCCCUUUCAGCCGAGCGCUCUGACAUUUCGUUCCCUUCGUUGCGAGACCGAGACCGACAGGGUACUUACGAAAUCUGUGGGGAACUGAUGAUGUGAGAUGAUUCCAUAUCUACCGUCCAUACAGUGCCAUUCUCCUUUGUUUAUCGUGAAUCAGAUAGAUUGGGCCCGUCGAGUCCCUACCCGCACUGAUUAUUCGAGGAUUCCCCUGAACGUAUGGCUGGGCCGACAAUCAUCGUAUGCACCCUGCCUGUGUGAAUCGACACCCUUUCAAGUGCAUGUAUGUCAUCCAUAGCACGUUUGCACCCAAUUUCAACCAAAGGGUAUAUUUCGUGUCAGAGCAGGACAACAUAGAAAAGGCAUCGAUAGCAUACACAACCAUCUAUCCUCCCGAUCAAUCCUCUGGCACGCAAAACGCAGUAAACAAAAAAAGAAGUCCAGCUCGAAAAAAACUCCAGAAAAAUCGCCCAACAGACCCAUAGUAAUAUCCUUGCCCCUUCUUUGUUCCGU